GGGGGGAGAGCGCCCCGCCGCGGGCAUAGAUAAGCGGGCCUCCGGAGGGCACAGAGCGGCCGCCCAGGCGUUCAGCGCCGGCGGCCGCGGCCAUAGAUAAGCGGAAGUGCGGGCAGAGCGUCCCUCUGGCAGGUUAGCGCCAUGGCCUCCCGCGGGGGUCCCCGCGCCGCCGGCACCGACGGCAGCGACUUCCAGCACCGGGAGCGGGUGGCCUCGCACUACCAGAUGAGCGUGUCCCUCAAGUCGGAGAUCAAGAAGCUGAUCUACACGCAUGUGGGUAUCUGGCUGCUGCUGCUGGCCCAGAUGUGCGUGGGGCACCUCAAGCUGCUGCCCCACGACCAGGUGGCCAUGCCCUACCAGUGGGAGUACCCCUACCUGCUCAGCAUCCUGCCCUCCCUCCUGGGCCUCCUCUCCUUCCCCCGCAACAACAUCAGCUACCUGGUCCUCUCCAUGAUCAGCACCGGCCUCUUCUCGGUGGCUCCCCUCAUCUACGGGGCCAUGGAGAUGUUCCCCAUGGCGCAGCAGCUCUACCGGCAUGGUAAAGCUUACCGCUUCAUCUUCGGCUUCUCGGCCGUCUCCGUCAUGUACCUGGUGGUGGUGGUGGCUGCCCAGGUGCACGGCUGGCAGCUCUACUACAGCAAGAAGCUGCUGGACUCCUGGUUCACCAGCACGCAGGAGAAGAAGAAGAAAUGAGCGGGCUCCGUCAGGGCUGGAGCUCGGCAGCCGGGCCCCAGUGGGGCGGCGCUGGCGCAGCUCCGGUGGGUGGGGGUCCACGGGGACCAACGUGGGUGACUGAGCCACGCCAUGGCUCACACACGGUGGGGGGGGGGGGGGAUGUGUGACAGUCCCCGGGGCUGGGGUAGCUCUUGGGCCGUGGAGGUUCCCCGCUGCCCCCCCUCCACCCCGCGCUUUCCUUUGCGUGUCGCCCUAUGGAAAUAAACCACU